CUCCUCAACUUCGCCAAGGAUUAUAAACUUGCGAAGCGCCUCCUUGUCAACUCGCCUCGGUGCCCGCAGUUCCCAGAUGCCGAGUGGGAUAACAUCCUCAAAGGCCGGCCCGUUGACUUUGACAGAGUCCUAUCCGGAACAUUCUCCAUUGCCUUCAACGACAAGCAAACCGAGAAGAUUGGGGAAAUCGAAAUUGCCGUCGGAGCUGCCGCGCCUGCAAAGAUUGUCAGGACACACGGAGAGUGGACGAUUGCUUGGGAACAGUAUGUCGCCGCCAUCACCUUCGUCUUCCCUUGGCGCACCUCCGAGCUUCAUGGCUAUGGACAGUCUGUCCUCCGUCUAUUCUCCACAAUCAUCCCAUCUCUCCACAACCGCGUCAUUUGCUAUGAUAAAGCAGUCCGAACCCGUGUCGCGCAACGACGCGACUUGCUACUCACGGAUGUCGAGGGAUAUGCCGACCUCAAGCUUGCAUGGCUCAGU